CCAAGAACUUGCAAGAAACACAUGUAGGUGUAAAGAACUUUGUAGAAAAAUACAAUUUUCUGCCCCCAGCACCAGACUAGCUCAGAUAGCCAUUUUUCCAGAAUGGCUGUUGAGGCAAUGAGACCUGUCGCCGGACUCCUACUAGCUCUUAAUUUCUGCAUGUACGUCAUAAUUUUGGGCAUUGGUGGCUGGUCUUUGAAUAGAGCCAUUGAUCAUGGUUUCGUCAUUGGUGCCGGAUUUGACUUACCAGCCCACUUUUCACCUAUAUACUUCCCCAUGGGAAAUGCAGCCACUGGAUUUCUUGUGCUGUUUUCCUUGAUUGCUGGUGUUGUAGGAGUAGCAUCUAUCAUAACUGGAGUAAACCAUCUUCGUUUCUGGGACAUUGAUAGCUUGCCCGCUGCUGCUUCUGCUGCCACAAUUGCCUGGAGUCUAACGCUUCUGGCCAUGGGCGUUGCUUGUAAAGAGAUUGAACUACGCAUCAGGAAUGCCCGUCUGAGAACUAUGGAAGCAUUCUUGAUCAUUCUCUCAGCCACUCAACUCUUGUACAUUGCUGCCAUUCAUGCUGCGUCAACAAGAAGACGAGUCUAAUCAAAACCCCUGUUCCAGUGUGUGAUCUGCGUGUUUUGGUGUUUGAAUUUUUUUUUUUUUGAAAAUUUUUUAAUCAAUUUGUUUGUACAAAUUUAGCCUCAAGACUGGCAGUUUCUUUCAUAAGCCCUGCGGAUUUGAUUCAAUUUGUUUGAUACAUAUAUUGUGGAUGAAAAAAAGUAUGAUUGC